UCCUGCUCGGUGUUGUUUACCGGCUCAUCACGCUCAUCGGACGGCGGAGACGCACUUUCCCUCUUUCAGUAGCUGAAAACUGUGCAAAUUAUAGUAUCAAACUGGGUGUUUCAAAGCGUACGAGCAUGCCGAUCGCAUCGGAAGUUAACCUUGCGGAAGUUUUCUUCAACGAAGAGGACCUCCCGUACGAAGAGGAAAUCCUUCGCAAUGCUUACUCCGUGAAGCACUGGAUGCGCUAUGUCGAGCACAAGCGGAACGCACCACGAUUCGUCAUCAACACCGUGUUUGAACGAGCGUUGAAGGAGCUUCCCGGUUCCUAUAAGCUGUGGUACAACUACCUGAAAACGCUCCGGAAGCAGGUGAAGGGCAAAUGCAUCACGGACAGUGAGUACGAGGAGGUGAACAAUGCGUUUGAACGUGCGCUCGUGUUCAUGCACAAGAUGCCCCGGAUCUGGAUGGAUUACUGCUCGUUUAUGACGGGCCAGUGCAAGAUAACGCGUACCCGCCAAGUAUUCGACCGAGCCCUACGGGCACUCCCAAUUACGCAACAUCAUCGGAUUUGGCCACUGUAUCUGGAGUUUCUGAAGCGCUUCGAUAUUCCCGAAACGGCGGUCCGAGUGUGGCGCCGUUACUUGAAGCUCUGCCCUGAGGAUGCGGAAGAGUAUGUGGAGUUUCUGCAAUCGAUCGGCCACCUAGACGAAGCAGCACAACAGCUUGCCAGCAUAGUGGACAAUGAAAACUUCGUAUCGAAGCACGGCAAAUCGAAUCACCAGCUGUGGAACGAGCUUUGUGAGUUGAUUUCCAAAAAUCCGGACAAAGUGCACUCGCUCAACGUGGACGGGAUUAUCCGGGGUGGACUGCGACGGUACACCGAUCAGUUGGGCCAUUUGUGGAAUUCGCUCGCUGGGUAUUAUGUGCGCAGUGGGCUGUUUGAUCGGGCGCGGGAUAUCUACGAGGAAGCCAUCCAAACGGUCACUACUGUUCGUGAUUUCAGCCAAGUUUUCGAUGCGUAUGCACAGUUUGAGGAAUUAAGUCUAAGUAAAGUGAUGGAGCUGCUCGAACGCAACCCAAAUCCCACCGAGGAUCAUGAGAUUGACGUGGAGCUGCGAAUGGCUCGGUUCGAGUACCUAAUGGAACGCCGGCUGUUGCUGCUGAACAGUGUGCUUUUACGUCAGAAUCCACAUAACGUUUCCGAGUGGCACAAACGGGUCGAGCUGUACGAAGGCAAACCGCACGAAAUCAUCAACACCUACACUGAAGCGGUACAUACAGUACAACCGAAGCUGGCCGUCGGAAAGCUCUACACGCUGUGGGUGGCUUUUGCAAAGUUUUACGAAACGAACAAGCAGCUGGCGGAUGCUCGGAUCGUGUUCGAAAAAGCGGUUCAGGUUGACUAUCUGAAGGUGGACGAGCUGGCCAGCGUUUGGUGCGAGUGGGCCGAGAUGGAGAUUCGGCAGAAGCAGUACGACGAAGCACUACGCAUCAUGCAGCGAGCCACAGCAAUGCCGAAGCGAAAGGUUGCCUACCACGAUGACACGGAGACGGUGCAGAUGCGCGUGUACAAAUCGCUCAAGCUGUGGUCGAUGUACGCGGAUCUGGAGGAAAGCUUCGGUACGUUCAAGACUUGCAAGCAGGUGUACGAUCGUAUCAUCGAUUUGAAGAUCUGCACGCCGCAAAUCAUCAUCAACUAUGGGAUGUUUCUGGAGGAGCACAAUUACUUCGAGGAAGCUUUCAAGGCGUACGAGAAGGGAAUUGCUUUGUUCAAAUGGCCGAACGUGUACGACAUCUGGAACACGUACCUAACCAAGUUCCUGAACCGGUAUGGUGGUCAGAAGCUAGAGCGAGCCCGUGACCUGUUCGAGCAGUGCCUGGAUGGAUGUCCGCCGGAGCUGGCGAAAAAUCUGUACCUGCUGUACGCCAAACUGGAAGAGCAGCACGGUCUGGCACGGCAUGCAAUGGCGGUGUACGAGCGAGCAACCACCGCCGUCAAAGAGGAAGAAAUGUAUGCCAUGUUCAAUCUUUACAUUAAGAAGGCGGCCGAAAUCUACGGCAUUCCACGCACGCGCCAAAUUUACGAGAAAGCGAUCGAAGUGCUGCCGGAAGCGGACUCACGCAAAAUGUGCGUCCUGUUUGCCGAAAUGGAAACGAAGCUGGGCGAAAUCGAUCGCGCUCGGGCCAUCUACGCACACUGCAGUCAAAUGUGCGAUCCGCGCGUAACAGCCGACUUCUGGCAGACGUGGAAAGAAUUCGAAAUCCGGCACGGCAAUGAGGACACGAUGAGGGAGAUGCUGCGUAUCAAGCGAUCGAUCCAGGCGACCUACAACACGCAGAUCAACAUGAUGUCGGCGGCACUGAUCAACGCUGCCGUCACGACCGGCGAACCGCCGAAGGAUGCUAUGCGGGCGUUGGAGGUGAAGGCAGCCGAAACAACGGCACGUGCGAUAGCGGCCGUUGGUGCAUCUGGCGGCAACAUUAUGUUCGUGCGCGGUGAAACGCAAGGAGGAGCUGCAAAGGACGAUCGCGUGGUUAAUCCGGAUGAAAUCGACAUCGACGAUGAGGAUGAGGAUGAGGAAGACGACGAGGACGAAAACGGCACGGAAGGCAAUGGCGGGGCCGGCGGGGUUGAUAUCAGCAAAAAGAUUCCCAUCGAACGUCAGACCAUUCCAGCGAAAGUGUUCGGUAGUCUUCAUCGGGAAGUUGAAGAGAAAGAAUCGAACGAAAUGGACGAGUAAGGCGUUCCAAUGCGUGGUGUAGGCCCUCUCCACCAAACGCCAAUUUUCACCGGGAUUGAAAUCAGAUGUUUACUGUCACUGGUGGCAUUUGGAUAAAGAGAAGAAAAAACUACACAACAAAGCAAGUUGCAAUUGUCUUCAGUGAAGAAAAAAUGCGUACAAAUUGAUACAAA